AUGGUUGGAUUUGUUGAAAAAGCUUCUGAACUUAUGAAAUCAAAUCCUUUCUCCAGCCCAAUGGCACGUAUUGCUGAGUGUUCUACUGGUUCUUCUGGAAAUAAAGGAGAAAAUGGAGAUACUGUUGAAUUUGGUUCACUCAAAUACUAUUCACUCUGUGCCAUCGGUGGAGCUAUCUCAUGUGGUGUUACUCAUACAGCUAUUGUACCAUUAGAUUUAGUCAAAUGUCGUAUUCAAGUUAACCCAGAUAAAUAUAAAGGUAUUGUUAGUGGAUUCAAAACAACUAUUAGCGAAGAAGGAGGUCGUGCUCUUGCUAAAGGUUGGGCACCAACUCUUUAUGGUUAUUCUAUGCAAGGACUUGGAAAAUUUGGAUUUUAUGAAGUUUUCAAAAAUAUUUAUUCAGAUAUGAUUGGAGAAGAAAAUGCUUACCUUUAUAGAACAUCUCUUUACCUUGCUGCUUCAGCUUCUGCUGAAUUCUUUGCUGAUAUUCUUCUUGCACCAAUGGAAGCUACUAAAGUACGUAUUCAGACAUCUCCAGGUGCACCACCAACUCUUCGUGGAUGUGCUCCUAUGAUUUACAAACAAGAAGGUCUUCUUGGAUUCUACAAAGGACUUCCACCACUUUGGCUUAGACAAAUUCCUUACACAAUGAUGAAAUUUGCCUGUUUCGAACGUACUGUUGAAGCUAUUUACCAAUAUGUUGUUCCAAAACCAAGAUCUGAAUGCAAUAAAGGUGAACAAUUGGCUGUUACAUUUGUUGCUGGAUACAUUGCUGGUGUUUUCUGUGCUAUUGUUUCUCAUCCUGCCGAUACCAUUGUAUCUAAGCUUAAUCAAGACAAUUCUGGUGGUGCUGUUUCUAUUCUUAAGAAACUUGGAUUUGGUGGUGUUUGGAAAGGACUUACACCACGUAUCAUUAUGAUUGGUACUUUGACAGCCCUUCAAUGGUUUAUUUAUGAUACCGUUAAGGUUGUUUUUAAUCUUCCACGUCCACCACCACCAUCAAUGCCAGAAUCCCUUAGAAAAAAACUUGAAGCAUCUGGAGAAAAACACUAG